UUCCUGCCCUAGGGCGUGUGAACGUGAAAAACGAGGAAAUCGAAGAAAUGCUGAAGGAGGCUCCAGGUCCCAUUAACUUUACCGUGUUCCUAACGAUGUUUGGGGAGAAGCUGAAGGGGGCGGACCCCGAGGAGACCAUUCUCAACGCGUUCAAGGUGUUUGACCCCGAGGGCAAGGGGGUGCUCAAGGCUGAUUAUGUUCGGGAGAUGCUGACCACACAGGCGGAGAGGUUUUCCAAGGAGGAGAUCGAGCAGAUGUUCGCCGCCUUCCCCCCGGACGUGACCGGCAACCUGGACUAUAAGAACCUGGUGCACAUCAUCACCCACGGGGAGGAGAAGGACUAGGGGCUCGCCGCCCGGCCCCGGCUGGCCUCUGCGGGGGACGGUCCCUGCC